AUCAGUUUCCGUCAAAAGCCGAGUCAUCACUGUGAUCGCUUGAUGCCGUCGAUUCUGGCGAUGUAAUAGAUGAUGGUCUACUCGCCAUUGAAAACUAGCUAAUCAUACUGCUUUCAUCCUUCAGACCAACAUAGGGUUGUUUCAUGCUUAUUGACAAUCGCAAUAUAGGUUGAGUUGCCGUUUGUGCGUAUUUGUAACGCCUCGUACACUCCUGACUUGCAUUUUCUCGAUAAUAUACUUGGCAACAGUGCACAAUAAAGUGACGUCUCCGUUGGGGGACUGCCCUCCUCUGAUAAGACUGUCAGCUUUGAUUUGAUUGUUUUCAUUUAUGUGGUUUAAUAAUAGCAAGAGGAUUUGUGCCACAGUUUCUGGUUACAAAGGUAAUUAAAUCAAUAGUUUUUGCCGUAAGCUAUUAAUAUACAUGGUUAUGUAGACUGAGUUUUGCAAGUGCUUGUGUGUGAGAAGUGUUGAGGACAAAUUUAAAUUACGAAAUCAACAAACCAUCUUUUAUGAGGAUGAGCAAUAGCCCAGCAGUGGUUCAACAAUGGAUCGACAUGCUUCCUACUAGUAACAACUCUUCAACACCACUGAGGCAACCAUUUGAAAUCUACAGUCCUAAUUCCAAGAGUGCGGAGCGCUUCCUGGCUAGAGAGGCAUCUCAGGAGCGAUUCCUAGCCAGAGGUGCUUCUUUCCAGUCUGAUGAUGGUUCCCACUGCUCAAGUUUGGAAUCGUUACUUGAAUCUAGGAAACCUGAUCCUGAGACUGUGCUUUUGGAAUUAGGCUUUGGCCCCAAGAGGGACUUCAAGCAUCCCUCUAGAAUACCUGACAGGUUCCUGCAGCCAUCAAAGAUCUUGCCGGAAAUAGAUUUUAAUAAGUUUCUAGAAGAACAUGGGGUGAAACCAUUGGACCAAAGGCCGUACUUCUUCUCGCCAAAGAAGGCUGUGGUGAAACCGAAUUCGUUCUAACUCAAUUCGAGGCAAAUGGUCUGGUGGUGAUACUUUGUAUUCCAACAUUCCUCAUUCUUGCCCUUGACUGAUUUUUAAGCCUUAGUCCAUAAUUAAGACAGACAUUUGAGACAGAAACGUUUAGAUGCUCAAUGUCUUGAUCUAUAAAGUGUGCUUUAUUUAUAUUCUGCACCUAUAUCUUGCCCUGUUUGGACAGCAUGAAAUUAUAACUAUGCAUUAAUGAUAGCUGUUGUGUCUUGAGAUACCUACCAUAAUAUUUGUAUUGGACACAUAAUUUCUCAACAAAACGAUUCAGUUUAGACGACAUUAUUGGAGGCAGUUUGUUAUUCUAUGUACAUAUCAAAGUCACUUUCAUGGAAAGCUAAUUUUGGAAUAUUGUAACAUUGCUGUUUUCGCAAAAUGGAUUGGCGUUUUUCACAUAAACAGUCUUAUAAAUGGUAAACAAGCUACAGUAUUCCAUUGUUUCAACAUUUUGACUCGUUAUUUCGUCACUAAACACAAAGACAGCAAAUUUUUGCAAAUAUGUACAUCUCAAAUUGAAUUUUAAUUUUGGAAUUUUGUAACAUAGCUAUUAAUGCAAAAGGAUUGGCUUUUGCAGUCCUAUAAAUAGUAAACGAGCUACGAUAUUCCAUUGUGUUUCAACAUUUUGAUUCGUUAUUUCACCACUAAACACAAAUACAGCAAAUUUUUGCAAAUACAUGUAUACAUAUCAAAAUGAAUUUCAUAGAAUACUAAUUUUGGAGUAUUGUAACAUAGCUAUUUUCGCAAAAGGGAUUGGCUUUUUUCAAACAAACAGUCCUAUAAAUAGUAAACGAGCUACGACAUUUCAUUGUGUAUCAACAUUUUGAUUCGUUAUUUCCUCACUAAACACAAAUACAACAAAAUUUUGCAAAUACGUACAUCUCAAAUUGAAUUUUAAUUUUGGAAUUUUGUAACAUAGCUAUUAACGCAAAAGGGAUCGGGUUUUUUUCAAAUAAACAGUCCUAUAAAUAGUAAACGAGCUACGAUAUUCCAUUGUGUUUCAACAUUUUGAUUCGUUAUUCCGUCACUAAACACAACUACAGAAAAUUUUUGCAAAUACGUACAUCUCAAAUUGAAUUUCAUGAAAAACUAAUUUUGGAAUAUUGUAACAUAGCUAUUUUCGCAAAACGGAUUGACUUUUUUCAAAUAAACAGUCCUAUAAAUGCUACGAUAUUCCAUUGUGUUUCAACAUUUUGAUUCGUUAUUUCGUCACUAAACACAAAUAUAGCAAAUUUUUGCAAAUAUUGUUAUAAGUGAUAAAGGAAUGGAAUACCCUCACAGUUUUAACAAUGUUAUUAUUACAUCUUACGCCAGUUCUACCACUCGAAGAUAACAUUAUAGAAAUACUAUUUGUUUAAAUAUUUACUGGUCAACAAUGUAUAUGAUAUUAAUAUUGAUGUGUUAACUUGUGAAUAGUGCGCAUGAAGCGUAUUCAAUUUGUGAUAUCAGUAUAUUUUAAUUAACACACUAAUAAUACGGGAUAUUGUUACCUAACUAUUAUCACAAAAGGGGUAGUUACCAUACAUUAAAACCGUAUGAAUGGUAAAAAAUUACAGUAUUUCCAGUUUUCGAUACUCUGUCCAGUUACUAUGAAUUACUUAGAUGUCAUAAAUUGUUCAGAUCUAUACCUAAACCUAUUUUUGCAGUUUUGCUUGAUGUCAUUCAGGUUAAUAUUUUCAUAUAAAUUAUGAGUAUUGGACCAAUUCAGUUUAGAAUAUAGGUACUGAUCACUUUACGUGAUUUUUAAAAUACUCGUAUUAUCCAUCCUAAGAAAAUGACUUCUGGAAUUCUAAUUUAAUAAAGAAUUGCUUACUGCCGAUUUAACAUUUGAUGAAAUGCAUUUUAUAUCAGUGCACUUUCCAGUAUUAGGUAGUACAGGGUAAAAUUUCUCAGAUAUUUUGGAUCACAAACAUGCAAUUUAUGUCGGUUAACUGAGAAAUCAUCAUCGUAGCUGUCAUGUCAUAUGUCAUUCCAGACAUUUAAUCAUACUGUUAUCAUUCAAUAAAAUUAAAAUAUGUAUUGUCUUCAGCUUUUGAAAGACUAUCUUGAAGAGAAUAAUACAGUGAACCUUAACGUUAUUAGCUUCUUACUGAGAACAAUUUAACUUCGUCAAAUCUUUUGAAUGAUAGCAAUAUGAUUAAAUGUCUGGCCUUGUUUGGGGCUGCAGUUGAUUAAUUUUCCCAUGAACUUGAACUAUAUUAUGCUUUGUAGGAAUGUAAGUAGAAAUUAAUUAUUGAUCAAACUGUUUGAACACUAUUCUCCAAACAAGCCGUCGUGUAUCCAAGGGAGGGGAACAUCUAAAACAAGAAGUUUAAGAAACUUUACAUACAUCAUUUGUCGAUGUAAGGUUAAGCCGUGUAGACGACAUGUUACAAUGUUAUACUGUUGAAGCCGCAAGUUACCGUUCCAAAUCUUAUUUUAUAAUGGAAAAAAACUAGAAAAUAACCGCAAAUAUACUUCAAAACCUAUUUAGCUGUUAUUAGGGACUGAAACAUGAAUUUUGAACAAAUGAUACACGAUGAAUGACAUAUGACAUGACAACUAUGAUGAUGAUUUCUCAGUUAACCGAUUACUAAACAGUGACUUUCAAAGGCUCAUUGAUGAGUUCAAAUUAACAUCAAUGGCGUACCUGAAAAGUUACACGCGGCCGCUCAGGUAAGCCACUGUUCAAAGUUGUGAUCAUGUUCAUGUAAUCAAUGAUAUUAAAAGAUGGCCUAUCUCUAUGCUAUGUAGUACAUUGUUCAAGAUACCAAUAUACUGCACAUUGAUACAUUCCUCGUCCAUUUUUAGUAAUUAUACAGUGUUACAUUAGUACUUCCCUUGCUCCACCAUAUAGCAGUCUAUUGUUUUACGUUGAAGUCUUAUCACUUUCCACAUCUAUAGUAGACGUUUUUUGUCGAAUAUUUGUAACUGCUUGGUAUAUAUGACAAUGAAUUUAGUUGUCACAAAAAUAUAUCAUUGUUCUACAAUAAUUUCAAUGCCAGAGCUGCUUUUAUACUGUACAAGAGUGUUUAUCUUACAAAUUUAAAAUUUUCAUUAUCAUGUGUAGGUCUUACUUCUUUUUUAGUAGAUGUUCAACGCGGGAACCCGACCGGAAGUGAUACAAAACAGCCGACGGACGGCUGCAGGUCGACCUUAUCGGUGUUGUUGUGUUCGCUUGCGGUUGUGAUGAUAGUAAGGUGUAGUGUACAGGGGGAGUCAAGAAUGUUUUAUACAGGGUAAGUCAAAAGGUUUGCAGGUAGCUGGAGCGUAAAAAAGAUGGUGUGUGUGGGGGGGGGGAGUCUCUGGGAAAAACUAAUACGUCUACCCUGAUCAUCAUCUUGAUUGAAAAUGAUGUUGAAAAAAAAACAUAUUAAAUAGCAAAAUAGGGGUUCUGUUGAUUGUGCUACGGAUAGCACAAUUGUACUCAACACGCCAUUGUUAGGGACAUGGUUUAGAAAUCUCCUCACCUGUGCACUGAUUCAUUUCGUGCAGAAAAUUUUAGAAGGAUCUACGCUAUUAUCGUACUCUGUUGAGCCCCAUUUUCCCAGAGGCCCCCCGCCGGAUCCCCACCGACCUACCCCCCCCCCACACACACACACAUGAUAAAACUAUGUAGUACGAUCUUGGGGUAUAUUGGAAUCAUUCCCAAAAUACUAGGGCUCAGCUAUAUCUAAAUGGAUUUCUUUGCAUGUACCGCUAGCGUCGGGAGCGUAUGCAUGUCCUAAAACACCACCAGCUCCAUCUAAUUCAAUCGGAUAUGCAGCGUUACCCAUUCAGUUUGUUCUAAAAUAAUGAGCCUUGCUAACCACAGUUAUAGUAAUAUCAGGAGGAUGUAGAGUGGGAUUGAUAACCAUUGUAAAUGUUACGUUUGAAACAUUUUGCCACAUCUGAAAAGCCAUUCCUGCAUCUUUUUGGGCCUCAGAUGUUUUUUGAGGAAAAUACCAUCGUAGGUUAUGUUUCAACCAUAGAGAAGCUAUUCGAAAUUCAGUAUCACUGUGUUGACAACGCUGUCGACGCAUAAACUCGAUUGUUGCAUUAUUAACCGAUCCAUCAACUGGUAAAUUAUACUUUUCUUGAAAGUUAAUCAGCAGAGUAGAGAGAUCGGUUCUAUUAUCAAUAAUAUGUUCAUAUUUAUUCGGAUAUACAAUAGCGUCGGUUUCGGAGAAAUCGUUUGCAUACACACAUGUGAAGGUUAGCAUAAAAACUAAUACGUCUACCCUAAUCAUCAUCUUGAUUGAGAAUGAUGUUGAAAAAAAAACAUAUUAAAUAGCAAAAUAGUCAGCCCCAUUUUCAGAGAGGCUCGCCGCCGGACACCCCCCCCCCCCCCUACGGUCGGGUUCCCGCGUAGAACAUCUACUUUUUUUUAAUUGUAAUUUUUAAUGUAUUUUUUGUAUCAAACAUUGUUUCCUUCUUUGACUUGUCACAUAUAUUAAAUUACUAUGUGGUCAAUAAACAUCUCUCUAUAUGUUAUUGUAUCAUCUAGAUGUUAGAUAUGUUUCGUUAUCUCUGCAUAUUUGCUGUACUCAUAAACGAAUUAUAUGAAUAAAUUUUAUUAUGUGAUUUUACUAUGAGGCAGGAGUAAAGUGUAUUAUGCAAUAAUACUAUUCUACACAUUUAUUAUAAACUAUGUACCUCUAUUUUCCUCUGAUUGUGGACCAUAUUUAUUGUACAAUAUAUUAAUAUAUUAUGAAUAAAGAUGCAUAUGAAUAA